AUGAACACCAAAGAACCAAUCGCCGUCGUUGGCAGUGCGUGCCGCUUCCCCGGCGACGCCACGUCGCCGUCCAAGCUGUGGGAUCUGCUCCGCAAUCCGCGGGACGUGCAGUCUGAAAUUCCGCCCAGCCGGUUUACCGUGGACGGCUUUUAUUCCGAAGACGGACUCAGGCACGGCGCCACAAACGUCCGACAUUCUUACUUCCUGUCGGAUUCUUCCGCCCACCGGGUCUUUGACGCAGACUUUUUUGGCGUCAAGCCGGUCGAGGCGUGGUCCAUGGAUCCGCAGCAGCGCCUGCUCCUGGAGACGGUCUACGAAGCCCUCGAAGCGGGCGGCUUGCCGCUCGAGAAGCUGCAGGGCACCAACACGGGCGUCUACGUCGGUGUCAUGAGCAGCGACUACGCAGACCUGCUGGGCCGGGACUUGGAUCACUAUCCCACCUAUUUCGCGUCCGGUACGGCGCGCAGCAUUUUGUCGAAUAGGAUCAGUUACAUUUUUGACUGGCACGGUCCGAGCAUGACUAUUGAUACUGCCUGCUCGAGCAGCCUGGUGGCGUUGCAUCAGGCAGUGCAAAGCCUGAGAAGCGGGGAGGCGCCCUGCUGUGUGGUGGCGGGCGCCAAUCUGCUCUUGGGACCAGAGCAGUUUAUUGCCGAGAGCAAACUAAAAAUGCUGAGUCCCCGCGGCCGCAGCUCCAUGUGGGACAAGGCUGCCGAUGGUUACGCCAGAGGCGACGGAAUCGCGGCCGUCGUGAUUAAGACGCUCAGCCAGGCCCUCCAAGAUGGGGAUCACAUUGAGUGUAUCGUUCGCGAGACUGGUAUCAACCAAGACGGCCGUACAAAGGGCAUAACAAUGCCUAGUGCCAAAAGCCAACAGGAAUUGAUCCGGCAAACUUAUGCACGGGCGGGGUUGGAUCUUUCCAAAGCAUCUGACAGACCUCAAUAUUUCGAGGCCCACGGGACGGGAACACCAGCAGGUGAUCCGCAGGAGGCCGAGGGAAUCGCGUCGGCCUUCUUUGGUCCUGACAUUGGCUUUCAAAGAGAACAGAAAGACAAUCCUCUAUAUGUCGGAUCCAUCAAAACCAUCAUCGGUCACACCGAGGGGACGGCGGGAAUCGCAGGCCUGCUUAAAGCAUCUCUGGCUGUGCAACACGGCACCAUUCCGCCCAACAUGCUGUUCAAUGAGUUGAGCCCAAGUGUGGCUCCCUUUUAUAAGCAUGUCCGUAUUUCGUCGGAGCCCUUGCCGUGGCCAGAUGUGCCACAAGGAGCUCCGAGACGAGCGAGCCUGAACAGUUUUGGUUUUGGAGGGGCCAACGCCCAUGCCGUUGUCGAAAGCUACACGUGUCGGCGUUUGCCACGGACAGCAGCCCGGGAGACAACCACGGUCUCGCUAGCACCUUUCAACUUCUCUGCUGCCACAGAAAAGUCCUUGCGAAGCAUGCUGGAGUCUUAUGCCACUCACUUGGAGUCCAAGGAGGACUCAUCCAUCGAUCUCCGCCAGCUGUGCUGGACUCUCAACUCGCGUCGGACAACCCUCGCUGUCCGCGCCUCCGUCCCAGCCAUGUCUGUUUCUGACCUGGUCGCCAAGCUCCGAUCUGUCAACAACAUCGUCACGGCUCCGGCUGCCAACCUCCCUGCGGGCAACACCUCCCCGCGCAUCCUGGGCAUCUUUACAGGCCAGGGCGCGCAGUGGGCCCGCAUGGGAGCCAGGCUCGUGGAGUGCUCGCCCCUGGCCGGCAGGGUGCUGGACGAGCUCCAAACGGCGCUGGAUACGCUGCCCGUGGUUUGCGAUCGCCCGACCUGGCGUCUGCGUGACGAGAUCAUCAAGGACGCGUCCUCGUCCCGCAUUGGCGAGGCCACCAUGUCCCAGUCCCUCUGCACGGCCGUGCAGCUGGUCGUGGUGGCCCUCCUGCGGGCCGCCGGGGUCAAGUUCAGCGCCGUCGUGGGCCACAGCUCCGGCGAGAUGGCCGCCGCCCACGCCGCCGGCUACCUCUCGGCCGGGGACGCCAUGCGGCUGGCGUACUACCGCGGGUUGGGACUGCACCUCGCCCGCGACGGCGGGGCCAUGAUGGCGGUGGGCACGUCGCUCGAGGACGCGCUGGAGCUCUGCGACCUGCUCGACAACAAGGUGUGCGUGGCGGCGGUGAACUCGGGCGUCAGCGUGACGCUGUCGGGCGACGCCGAGGCCAUGGACGCGGCCAAGGAGAUGCUGGACGACGAGAAGAAGUUUGCGAGGAAGCUCAAGGUCGACAAGGCCUACCACAGCCCGCACAUGGAGCCCGCCGCCGAGAUGUACGUCGCGGCCACCAGGGCGUGCGAGCUGCAGCUGCGGCGGCCUGACGGGUCGUGCAGGUGGGUCUCGAGCGUCACGGGCGAGGACGUCGACGAGCUGCCGGACCUCGAGGCCCUGCGGGACGUCUACUGGCGCGACAACAUGGUCGGGCGAGUGCAGUUUGCCCAAGCCGUUGAGUUCGCCGUCGGUGCGCAUGGCCCGUUCGACAUGUGCGUCGAGGUCGGACCGCAUCCCGCGCUCAAGGGGCCGACGCUGCAGACCGUGACGGACGCGAUGGGGGCCAGUUUGCCGUACACGGGAACGCUCAGCCGCGGCAAGGACGACGUCGACGCGUUCGCAGAGGCGCUGGGUGCGCUGUGGCAGAACCUGGGCCAGGGCGUGGUCGACUGGCUUGCGCUGGACAGGGCCCAGGUCACGGCCUGCACGGCUGGGACGGACGCCGAGCCGUUCGGGUACUCCCCGCCGCAGGUCAUCAAAGACUUGCCGACGUACCCGUGGCAACACGACCGCGAGCACUGGCACGAGUCCCGCUACUCGAGGAGCUUCACCUCCAGGACGACGCCGCCACAUCCGCUGCUGGGGACGCGCUGUCCCGACGGCACGGCGGAUACGAUUCGCUGGAAGAACGUCUUGCAUGCCAGGGAGAUCCCUUGGCUUCAGCACCAUCAGGUCGAAGGGCAGAUCGUGCUCCCGGGAGCUGCUUACAUCUCGGCGGUCCUGGAGGCGGUCAAUCUCCACCUCGGCCUCGGUCCCGAGACGGAAAGUCGCGCGCUCGUCGAGAUGCAAGACGUCGUCAUCAGCCAGGCGCUGGUUGUACCCGAGAAUGCCGGCGUCGAAGCACUGCUGCUUGUUCGCAUCACCGACCAGCACGUCGACGCUGGCGGCUUCGAGGCUUCGUGGACCUACUACUCUGAAUCGCCAAAGACCGCCAACGCCAUGGACGAGAACGCGUCAGGUCGCGUCCGUGUGGUGGUGACCCGGGACGGUGGUGCGGAGAGUCUGCUCCCGCCUCCACACGUCGCAGCUGAACGACGCUUCCUCAGCCUGGAAGAGGAUCGUUUUUACGACUCGGUCGCCGAGCUCGGGCUGGGAUACACGGGGCCCUUCCGCGGCAUGCUCAACACGUCUCGCCGCAUGGAUGAAGCCAUCGGCCAGCUCGCCAUCCCCGAGUCCGAAUCGGUUCGGCAGAACCUGAUUGUGCACCCGGCCACUCUCGACUGUGCCAUCCAGAGCAUCAUCCUUGCUUACUGCUACCCCGGCGACGGCCGCCUCAAGGGGACGCACAUGCCCACCAAGAUUGAGCUCCUGCGGUUCGACCUCGCCGCCUGCAAAGCCCUGACCGCGAGCGACAAGAUCCCCUUUUACGCCAGCUGUUUCGGCAGCUGUCCCGGUAACAUGGUCGGCGACGUCGAGCUGCAAGCCCCCGACAAAAGACAAAUCGUCGUCCAGCUUGAGGGCCUGCAUGUGACGCCCUUCAGCAAGCCGAGUCCGGCAGACGACUUUAGCCUCUUCUCCCACCAGACGUGGGAUGCCGCGUCGCCGAGUCUUCCGGAUGUGGACUGGAGCCAGCCCUGCUACAAAACCCACCAAGAGCUGUCGUGGAUCAUCGAGCGGGUAUCCUACUUUUUUAUGCGUCAGCUCGCCGCGACCUUUCCCCGGGAGAGGCGCGGAGAGCUAGAGUGGUAUUUCCAGCACUACAUGGGCUACAUUGAUGAUUGCCUCUCGCGAGUGGCCAAUGGAACUCACCCUUUUGCGUCCGAGCGGUGGAACAGAGACACGCGUGCCGACAUCGACAAGAUCUUGGCUCGGUAUCCAGACCUGAUCGACCUCCGAAUCGCCCGGGCCGUGGGGGACAACAUCGUAGGUGCCAUGCGCGGCGAGCUCCGCAUCCUGGAGCCACUGCUGCAAGAUAAUCUCCUCAACGAUUUUUACAUGCAAGGCUUGGGGAUGGAUGUCUACCUCCCCUCCCUGGCGGCGGCGGCGUCCUCCCUCGCGCACCGCUUCCCGCACAUGGACAUUUUCGAAAUCGGUGCCGGCACGGGCGGCGCGACGUCGAUGGUGCUCGACAAACUCCAGGGCAAGUUCACGUCUUAUACGUACACGGAUAUCUCGGCCGGGUUUUUCGAAAAGGCGCAGGACAAGUUCGCAGCGCACGCGGAUAAAAUGUGCUUCAAGACGUACGACAUUGAAAAGGGCGUCCGGGAGCAGGGCUACGUCGAGGGCUCGUACGACCUCGUCGUCGCCUCGCUCGUGCUGCACGCCACGGCCGACGUCGAAAAGACGCUGCGGAACGCACGCAGCCUGCUCCGUCCGGGCGGCUACCUGCUCGCCCUCGAGCUGACGGACAACGACCCCUUCCGGUACGGCUUCGUCUUCGGCACGCUGCCCGGGUGGUGGCUGGGCGUGCACGAGGGACGCACGCUGAGCCCGUGCAUCUUGCCCGACGCCUGGACCACGGCGCUCGAGAAGACGGGCUUCGGCGCCGUGCAGGUCCUGCCCCACGUCGCCGAGUUCCCGCUGCCGCUUUGCGUGUGGAGCUGCCAGGCCGUGGACGAUCGCGUGCGGCUGCUGCGGGAGCCGACGGCUCCAGACGCCAUGGGGCUGGGCAUCGGCAAUACGCUCACCAUCAUCCACGGCCCCAGCUCUGUCGCAGAGUCGGUUGCGUUGAACGUCGAGGCGGUAGUUUCGAGGCACUACAAGAACGGCGUGCGGCACGUGUCCUCCAUGGAGGAGGUACCCCGGGCGGGUCUGCCGAUGCUGGGCAGUGUCCUCAGCUUGGUCGACCUCGAAUGCGAUGCAAACGAGCCUGGAUUCUUUGCAGGCAUGGAUUCCGAGUCGCUGGCCGGCUUCCAAGAGGUGUUUAAACAGUCCAAGAGCAUCCUCUGGGCCACAUCCGGGGCGCUGUCUGCACGGCCCCACGCCAACAUGUUUGUCGGUUAUCAGCGCUCCGUGGUGUGGGAGAUGCCGCACGUACGGUGCCACAUGGUCAACUUCGACAACGCCAUGCCCCGCCUGCAUGACCUCCAUCUCGUGGCCGACGCCAUCGCGGCCAAUCUUGUUCAGCUGGAAGCCUGGGCUCUCUGGGAGGAAAAGGGUGAAAGUCAGGGCAUGCUGUGGUACGACGAGCCCGAGACCAUGGUCCGCGUCGAGGCGGGCGAGGUCGAGGUCCUCGUGCCGCGCAUCAAGCUGACCGAGGAACGCAACCAGCGAUACAACUCGGGUCGUCGCCCCUUGACGAGCCCCGUCCCUGCUCAAGACGUCGAGCUGAGCAUCACCAACAAGAAGGGCGAGCUGCUCAUGCAGGCGGCGGGGGCCAGGCCAGGCAGGAACGCAAAACUCAAGCUCAGCAAUUCCAUGCUCAGGCCGAUCCUCACGACGGACAAGACGCCACCUCUGUUCGUGUCCUUGGGGCAAGAUUCCGGUCGCUGGGUCCUUGCCUUGUCGACCUCGCUCGAAUCGCACAUUUCAGUCCCUGCCGGCUGGAUGAUAGCCCUAACGAGCCAGGACUGUGACGCGAACUUGGCCGAGAUGACGAAGCUUUACCACUUUCUGGUUGCGCACCGUAUUCUGGAAGGGCUGAUCCCGGGAAGCUCCGUGGCUGUCUUGGAUCCAAGCCGGGCACUCGGCGACGCGUUGGCUGCUGUUGCUCUCGGCAAGGGGCUUCAGAUCACGCUGCUCACCAGCGAAAAAUCCAAGCAGUGCGUAAAGCCCUGGUCUUACGUGCACCCUCGCGCCACCAGGUUGUCUGCCUCACGAUUGCUCCCGGCAAAUGCUUCUAGGUUCGUGGACCUUGGCUCCUGGGAAGACGGCAGCUCAAUCUCAGCGCUCAUCCGCUCGUGCCUGCCACCCAACUGCCAGGUUCUUGACGAGCAGUGCUUCCUGGCCAAGAUGGACGAGAGCGUCCGCCGUAAGUCGCCACCGUCAGUCAUCAAGGACGUUUCCGAUCACCUGCAGGCAGUGUGGUAUUCUUCUUCCGAAACGGCUUGUACCGCUGCCUCGCUUAGCGACUCCCAGCUGCCCAUGCUCAACGUGGCCCAGAUUUCAAAGCCGGGUAGUGUGACCAGUGUCCAUGUCGACCACGGUCAAAGUGUGCUUGAUUGGAACACGCCGGGUCUCGUCGAGGUUCCCACGCAGCCCGCCAGCUCGGUCGUCAACUUCCACCCCGACAAGACCUAUUGGCUCGUCGGCCUGACCGGCGGUCUCGGCCUCUCCUUGUGCGCAUGGAUGGUCGAUCGCGGGGCGCGGCACAUUGCGCUCUGCAGCCGUAACCCCAAGAUCGACGCCGACUGGCUGGGUGACAUGUCGGCCAAGGGGGCUUCCGUCCGCGUAUUCCGCGGCGACGUGUCGGCCAAACCUGACGUGGCACGCAUCCACGCCGAGAUCACGUCGUCCAUGCCCCCGAUAGUGGGCGUGGCCCAGGGAGCGAUGGUGCUGCACGACACCAUGUUCCCGGAUCUGGACGUGGAAAGGGUGCACAAGGUGGUCCGGCCCAAGGUGGAUGCGAGCCUGCACCUGUCGGAGCUCUUCUCCCAGAGAGGAGAGCUGGACUGGUUCAUCUUCUUCAGCUCCAUGGCCUACGUCACCGGCAACCGCGGCCAGAGCGUCUACGCUGCGGCCAACGCCUUCAUGGCCGCCCUGGCCCGCCGGCGUCGGGAGGAGGGACUGGCAGCCAGCGUCAUCAACAUCGGCGCCAUCAUGGGCAGCGGCUACGUGUCUCGCGAGCUGUCCAUCCAGCAGCAGGCCGUCCUCCGCGACGUCGGCCACACCUGGAUGAGCGAGCAGGACUUUCAUGAGAUUUUCGCCGAGGGCGUGCUCGCGUCGGACCCGAGCCUGCCUGCCCCCAAGGCCGAGAUGUCCACCGGCAUGCGCCUCAACGCCGACAAGUGGGCCACCUAUCCUCUGUUCCAGCACCUCGUCACCAAGACCAACGGCGACCUGGAGGCCGGCGCAGGUGGCGCCGCCAAAAGCACCAAGGCCGCCGUCAAGACCUUGCUGGCCAAGGCCAAGACCAAAGACGAGGUCUGGGAGAUCAUCAAGGACGGGUUUGUUCGCAAGCUGCAGGUUGCUCUGCAGGCGAGCCCGAACAAGGACAUGCUUGGUCUCACGGCGGAUGAGCUGGGCAUCGACUCGCUGGUUGCCGUGGACGUGAGGUCGUGGUUCCUGAAAGAGCUGGGCAUCGACGUGCCGGUCCUGACCAUCCUCAACUCGCCCUCGGUGAAAGCCAUGUUGCUCGCCGCUCAGGACCUCAUUCCGGCGGAUUUCAUCCCGGGGGUCGCCGCGGACGAUGGUGGUGGUACGGCCGCCGAAUCGUCCAAGCCGGCCGAUGCUGCUGCAGCUGCAGCUGCAGCCCCGAAUGUUGCGCCUGUGCCUGCUGAAGCGCCACCAGCCAAGACGAGUCCUAAAGAGGAGAAGACGGAGGCGGCGGUGACGGCGGCAGAGUCAGUGGUAGAGUCAGUGGCACAUCCUUCCGAGUCUCCACGCUCGUCUUCUAUCCCAGACGAGCGCUCACGUCUGCAGCUACGGCGCCCCAGUUCACCAAUCUCACUCGCUACCACCGAAUCUGAAGGCUCUGCCGAAGAGUCCUCGGGCGGUCUCUGGCGUCUCUCCAGCAUCUCAGCCCCGUCGGCCUCCUUGGAUCCCGACAGUCCCGGGACCGGGGCUUCGACCCCAGCCACCAUCAACUCGCCCGUCUUCAAGGCCAAGUCGCCGGCAAACAGCCGUUCUGGCAGGCGUCACAGCAAGGAGGAAGAGUGCCCGAGUCACGAAUACGGGCUCCUGACCAAGGCGGGCAUUACCGACAACUUUCUCAAGCGCGUGCUUCCCAUGUCGCCCGCCCAGGCGCGCUUCUGGUUCCUGCAGUCUCUUGCCGACGAUCCCACCGCGUUCAACGUCACGUCCAAGGUCCGACUGCAGGGUUCGCUGGACGUGGACCGCUUGGGCAGGGCGCUGGAGCACGUCGGGCAGUAUCACGAGGCGCUCCGUACCAUGUUCGCCACCGACGAGGUCAGCAAAAAACCCGUGCAGUGCGUCCUGGCAAAGACGGUCCUUCAUCUCGAGCACGAGCAUGCCAAGGACGAGAGGGACGUUGACGAGGCGGUACAAGAACUGCAGAAGCACGUUUACAACCUCGGCCGUGGCGAGACCCUGAGGUUGAAGCUCGUGUCGCUGUCAGAUACGCUACACUAUGCAAUCUUGGGUUACCACCAUAUUGCCGUGGACGGCGUGGGCUUCCGCAUCUUCUUCGACGAUCUGGAGCGCGCCUAUAAUGGGAGUGAGCUCGAGGGACCCGACGAGAACAGGGUGCAAUACCCAGACUUUACAAUCCGGCAGAUGGAGGCUCUGGAGAAUGGCCAAUGGGCGCCUGACCUCGACUACUGGCGCUCGCAGUUCCCGGCCGAUGACCUACCUGCACCGCUGCCUCUGCUGAGCCCAAGCCUGCUGGCCGUGCACCCUCAAGAUUCCUCCUUUGGCUCGCACAACGUGUCCUUCCGCGUGUCGGCCGCCACGCAGCAGAGACUCGCAAACCUGUGCCGGCGCAACCUCGGCACGACCUCGUUCCACUUCUACCUCGCCGCGUUCCGGGUGCUGCUGUUCCGGCUGGCCGACAGCAAGGUUGAUGAUCUCUGCAUCGGCGUGGCCCACAGCGGGCGCCAGGAUGCGGACACGAUCCGCUCGCUCGGUCUGUUCCUCAACCUCUUGCCUCUUCGGUUCCGCCAGGAGCGCGAAGCGCAGGUCAAGUUUGGCGACUGUCUCCGCUCCGUCCGGGACGUGGUCCGCGACGCCUUUGCGCACGCGGCGGUGCCCAUCGACGUGCUCCUGACCGAGCUCCACGUGCCGCGGUCCAGCAGCCGCCCGCCCCUCUUCCAGGCCCUUUUCAACUACCGCCAGAACAUCCAGGAGGGCCGCGAGUUCUGCGGCUGCCGGAGCGACGGCGAGAUGGUGUCGGGCGGCGAAAACGCCUACGACGUCUGCGUCGACGUCGUGGACUCCCAGACCGACCAGGACAUGAUCACCAUCGGCCUGAACAAGGCCCUGUACACGGCCGAGGCCGCCGCGCUGGUGGCCAAGUCCUUCGAGUGUCUGAUCGACAGCUUCGUGAAGAACCCGGCCACGCGCAUCACCUGGCCGGACCUGUGGCCUGCAGAGCAAGUCGAGAGGGCCGUCGAGAUGGGGCGCGGCAGGGAGUGUCAGUCCAGCUGGCCGGCGACCUUGAUCGACCGCAUCGAUGCCAUGGUGUCUAAAUAUGGACGGAGCCGCGUGGCACUCAAGGACGGCCGCGGGGAAGCCUUGACGUAUUCUCAAAUGGGUCAGCGGAUCGACGCUAUUGCGUCGGCCCUGUUGGCCCGGACGAGGGCUGGAGUCAAAGCCGAUCCGCCCCAGACCGUGGGUGUUUUCCAAUCUCCCGGCGCGGACUGGAUCUGCUCUCUGCUCGCUGUAAUGCGCUCGGGGUCUGCCUACGUUGCUCUUGAUCCCUUGGUCGGCCCCGAUCGUCUGUUGUCUAUAGUACAAGAUUGCACGCCCGCCAUCAUCCUCACCGACGACGUGACGGCACGAUCCCAUGCAGAGUUUUUAAGCCAAGCCAAGGAGAAGGCUGGUGUUGAAACGAUCAGCGUGGAUGAAAUCCCGGCCGGCGCCUCACCGUCGACCACACCAAACCACGCAACAGCUGACGGGGUCGCCCUGAUCGCCUACACGUCUGGCUCGACAGGCAAGCCAAAGGGCAUCGUGGUGACGCACGGCUGCCUCGUCAACUUCCCCGAGUUUUCCGUGCCGGCUUGGGGCUUCGGCGAGUCACCCCAGGAGACGGUGCUCCAGCAGUCCUCGUAUGCCUUUGACAUGUCGCUGGGCCAGUUGGUCGUUGCGCUCUGCUACGGCGGCACCCUCGUCAUCGUUCCGUCCUCCCAGCGCCGCGACCCCGCCGCCAUCUGCGACAUCAUGGUCAGGGAGGCCGUGACCUUCACGCUCGGCACCCCGUCCGAGUUCCUCGCUUGGAUCCGGGCCGGUCGCGACAAGCUCCGCAACGAGGCAAAGUGGACAUGGGCGGUUUCCGGCGGCGAACCGAUGACGCAGGCUCUGCUGGACGGGUUCAGAAGCCUAGAUAUCGACGGCAUGCGCCUGUUCAACAGCUACGGACCCAGCGAGACCAGCUUUGGCUGCGCCGACGCCAGGGUGCCGCUCGCGCUGACGGGCAACUCGCCCGAGGCCUUUGGCGUCUCUGCCGCCCCCAACUACUCUUUCUACAUCGUCGACGCCAACCUGAAACCCUUGCCCGCCGGGAUUCCCGGGGAGAUCAUCGUCGGAGGCGGGUCGGUGGCCAAGGGCUAUCUCAACCGUCCCGACCAAACCUCCAAGGCCUUUGUGUCGGAUCGAGCAGCCAGUCCGUUUUUCCAGAGCAAAGGUUGGACGAGGGCACACCGCACGGGCGAUCGGGGCCGCAUGACCAAAGACGGCAGCCUGGCCGUCAUGGGCCGUCUGGCCGGCUGCACGCAGGUCAAGGUCGGCGGCAUCAGGAUGGACCUGGAGGAUAUCGAAAAGGCCAUCCUCCAGACCGCCGGCCCGCACGUCUCGCAGGCUGUCGUCUCGGCCCGGAAGAGCGCCGCCGGCGCCGCCCAGGUCGACUUUCUCGUCGCGUUCGUGGUCCUCUCGCCCAGCGCGCCCAGCGACAUCCACUCGUAUCUCGACGUGCUGCCUCGUCGCCUGCCGCUCCCGCAAUACAUGCGUCCCGUGCUCGUGCAGGUGCUCGAGAGCAUCCCGACGACCGAGUCCGGCAAGGUCGACCGCCCGGCGGUGGCCCAGAUACCAUUGAUCACGAGCGAACACCCACCCUCGUCCGGGGCUGCAUCUCCCAGUCCGGAGGAGGCGCUGGGCGAAGCGGAGCUCAGGCUGAGGGAGCUGUGGGAAGAGGCUCUCCCCGCCGAGGUGCGCUCCCGCUUCGGGCCCAUCGGUCGCGAUUCCGACUUUUUCCACAUCGGCGGGAGCUCCCUUGCCCUGGUGCACCUGCAGGCCCUGAUCAAGGAGCGCAUGGGUGUGUCCGUGUCCCUGCAGAAGAUGUUUACCGCCAUCACCCUCGGCGCCAUGACGACCCUCGUCCACAUGGACGACGACUCGACGCAUCGUGAUACGGCCAAGGUGGACUGGGACGCCGAGGUCUCGGUCCCUCGGUCCGUCGCCACGGUCGCCAAAUCCGCUGUACUCGGGUCGCCGCCCAGGACGCCGCCUCAGGUCGUGGUCCUCACCGGCGCCACGGGCUUUUACGGCCAGGAGAUUCUGCGCCUGCUGGUCGCCGACAAGAACAUCACGACCGUCCACUGCCUCGCAGUGCGAAAGUCGCUGCCGCAGCUCAGAGAGCACAAGCCCGCGCACAUCUACAGCCUUUUCACGAAUCGCAAAGUCGUCCUCCACAGCGGCGACCUCGGCAAACCCAACCUGGGCCUCUCGCCGACGUCGGCCCAAGACAUCUUUGGCCAAGCCGACGCCAUCAUCCACAACGGCGCCGACGUGUCCUUUAUGAAGUCAUACGCCUCCCUGCGGCUGAUCAAUGUUUUCUCAACCAAGGAGCUCGUCGGCCUCGCCCUGCCUCGAAGGAUCCCUUUCCACUACGUCAGCAGCGCCACCAUCGCGCGGCUCGCCGGGACCCAAGAGGUCGGGGAAACGAGCAUGGCGCCGCAUCCACCGCCGGCGGAGCCCGACGACGGCUACACCGCCUCCAAGUGGGCUUGCGAGGUCUACCUGGAGCGCGUCGCCGCCGCGGCUGCCGGGAGCUGGCGCGUCGUCGUGCAUCGGCCGAGCAGCAUCAUGGGCGAGGACACGUCCGAGCUGGAUCUGGUCAGCAACCUGGUCAAGUACGCGAACCUGAUCAAGGCCGUGCCCGGGACGAGGCAGUGGAAGGGCAAUUUCGAUUUCGUGUCCGUCGAGACGGCCACCAGGAUGCUCGUCGACCGGGUCUUGGCCCCCGAGGAUCACGGCUCCGGGCGCCAAAAGGGCGUUGAGUUCGUCUACGAGACGGGCGAGAUGGAGGUUGGCAUGGACGAGGUGCAGCAGCUGAUGGAGAUGGGGAGCGGGCAGGAUUUUGAGGUUUUGCCCGUCGACAAGUGGGUUGACGAGGCCGAGAGGGUCGGGUUGAGCCCACUGAUCGGAAUGUAUCUGAGAAGCGCUGGCGAGGGAAGGAUUUUGUUCCCCAAAUUGGUCAAGAAACAAGCAGUUCAGUAA